AUGGCGUCGGAACGCAUCAUCGGGGCACUCGAGCACCUAAUAGCCCACAUCGUCCCGCAAGACCCCGACGAAGAUGCAGAUACCGCCCAGGACCGGCACGAUGCCAUCUUGAAGAAUGCGAUGUCCAUUAUCGACAGCCCUCAAGGUCCAUCUAUUUCCGCCGACGUAAACCAUGCUUCGGACCUCAUCAAGCGGAGGCUGAUUCAGACAAACCCCGGUCUGGCAUUGACGUUUUCAAAUCUAUACUCGCGGUUACUCGCACUUCCUGUGCUCGACAACAAAUGGGCCAUCCUGUAUCUCCUCUACCAACUGGCCGACUCACCAGACCCAAAUGAACCUCUACCCCUCAGCCCGAUCAAGCCCUCCGCACCAAAUUACCGAGAGGCAAUCCAGAGAGAUGCCGCCAAAAGACAAGGUCGAGACCGAACCAAGGCCGCAACUCCCGUCCCCAGGGGGGAGGAAGAGCAGUUCCGAGAUGCUUUGCAACCAGAGGGGUUGAAGCAUGUCCCCGCGCCAAAACCAGGCCUCGCUGGGAAAGAACACCCCAAGAGGGCCGUUUCCUUGCAAUCAACUUUACUCGCCAACAACUACACCGAGGUUGAUCCUCCCGAGGCCGACAUCCUGCGAGAUCUGCCCUUUACCCUCCAAGGACUCUCGUCAACGACACUUCCCUUCUCCAAACCGGAAACACUCAGAUUGCCUCCCACUGUGCCAUUGCCUCUCGUGUCUAUUCUCCACACCCUUGCCGAGCCAUCCCUCCUAUAUCGAGGUCUUGACGAGUACUGCAACACCCCAGCUACAGGUCUACUGGGGCAAAGUUUGCGGUCCGCUAUUGGGAGCGAACUUCGAUCCUACCUCAGCCUUGUAGCAGCCUUAGAAAGCCAGAUCCGACAAGCUCUGUCGUCACUUGAUGAAAGCGAACCUCGUGGUGGAGCUGGAAAAGCUGGCGUCACAUUGAAAAGAUGCGUGGUGUGGACGCGAGAAGCAACAAUGGGCCUACGGCUAAUGAGCGUCAUGGCCAAGGAGUCGGAGGAUAAAACUGGUGGGCAACUGAUCUCUCUCAUUCACAGUUUCUCGUCAUCGCACGGCGAUCCAGUGGUUGCCGCCUUUGCAGAGAGGCUACUAGGCAGCUUCACAAGGCCGUUUUAUGAUAUACUGCGGCACUGGAUAUACGACGGGGAGUUGUCAGACCCGUACCAGGAGUUCUUCGUCCAAGAGCAGAACAAACCCGCCGACGUUGCCCACUUGAAGGGAGCCGGCAAUGUCUGGACAGACAAGUAUGAGAUCCAUCAAAGCAUGGUCCCCAGCAUCAUUACACAGGACUUCUCCCAAAAGGUGUUCCUCAUCGGAAAGUCUCUCAACUUUAUUCGACACAGCUGCGGCGACUCGGUAUGGGUCGAGGAAUACUCCAAGGCGGCGUCAAAGGAACUUCGAUACGGCGACACGGCGACACUGGAAGCUUGGAUCGACGAGGCAUACAAGACCACCAUGCAGCGCCUCAUGGAUCUAAUGUCCAGCAAGUUCCAUCUCUUUGAGCACCUACAAGCUCUCAAAAACUACAUCCUCCUCGGCCAAGGGGAUUUCAUAGCUCUCCUCAUGGAGUCUCUCGCUGCAAAUCUAGACCUGCCCGUCAGCGCCCAAUAUCGACACACGCUCACAGCCCAACUGGAACACGCAAUCCGCGGGUCCAACGCGCAAUACGACUCCCCCGAGGUUCUCCGCCGCCUCGAUGCAAGAGUGCUUCAACUCUCCGAAAACGACAUGGGUUGGGAUUGUUUCACUCUGGAAUACAAAAUCGACGCCCCCGUUGAUGUCGUCGUGACGCAGUGGGGCAAUCGCCAAUACCUCAAAGUGUUUAAUUACCUCUGGCGCAUCAAGCGUGUCGAAUUCGCCCUCCUCACCACCUGGCGCAGGUGCAUGACCGGCUCGCGCGGUGUUCUACAAAACUCUGACCCUGUCGUCUCGCAGACAUGGAAAUCCACCCGCGGCACUCUCGCUGAAAUGACCCAUUUCGUCGGCCAACUCCAGUACUACAUCCUCUUUGAAGUGAUUGAAUCAUCGUGGGAUGAGCUCCAGAAGCGCAUCCAUAAGGAAGGCUGCACCUUGGAUGACCUCAUCAACGCCCACCAACGGUACCUCACCGACAUUACGCACAAGGGUUUGCUCGGUGCAAAACGCCGAAACCAAGGCUCAGAAGACGGCGAUGACGAGUCUUCAUACCGCGGACAACUCAGCUUUCUGCUCGAGUUGAUGCUAGACUACCGGAAGUCGGUAGAUGGGCUAUACAGCUGGAGUGUCUCUGACUUUACGCGCCGCCAGGAAGCAGAUGUACGCAUUUCCAUGCGAUCUGAUUUCGACGACAACAUGGGCGGUCAAAAGGAUGUACCAUCCGAGUUUCCCAAGUUGAGGAAGAGACUGCAGCAGUUGGGUGCCUCGUUUAGUAGUAGACUGCAGAUGCUACUUGGUGACUUGGCCUACCAGCCAGAUGUGGAUAUGAGAUUUUUGGGAGUAGCUAUGAACUUUAAUGAUGUGUAUCAGCCCACGAGGAGGAAGACGAGGACUACGACUGCUACUUCGGCGAAUACGUCCAAGGCAUGA